GCGUACCAGGAGAAAUGGAGCUGCGGUGAAGGCAGCUGGAAAGGGCUGAGCCCAAAACCAACAAGGAUUUCCACACCUUCCAAAGAGCUGACAGUCAAACCACUGCAGGGAGCAAGACCUUCCACCACCAACAUGAAGGAAUCUACUGAAAAUGUCUCUCUGGAGAGUGCUGGCUGGAGCCGGACCAAGGCCGAGGACAGUAUUUUUUGCUCUGAAGACGAUAACAGUCUGUAUUUCACAUACAGCGGAAAACCAAAUGUUCUCGAGGUCAAAGAACUCAACUACCAGGUUAACAUAGCAUCCCAGACUCCCUGGUAUGAAAGUCUCACACAGAUGAAAAUGCCAUGGACCUGGAAAUCAGAUCCUCGUGCUCAUGUGUCAAUAAUCCAGAAUCUGAAUUUAAAAGUUCGAAGUGGUCAGAUGCUGGCUAUUAUAGGAAGCACUGCUGGUGGAAAGACAUCCGUGCUUGAUGUAAUAACCUGUCGGGAUCAUGGAGGCAAAAUCAAGUCUGGUGAAAUCAUGAUCAAUAACAAACCCAGCACUUCCCAGCUUGUUAAGAAAUGCAUAGCACAUGUGCGGCAGGAUGACCGACUGCUCCCCCACCUCACAGUCAGAGAAACACUAUUGUUCGUUGCCAAACUGCGCCUUCCAAAGUUUUUUUCAGACUCACAAAGGAAAAGAAGGGUAGAAGAUGUUAUAGCAGAACUACGCUUGCGCCAGUGUGCAAACACCAGAGUAGGGAAUGAGUACCUCCGCGGCAUUUCGGGAGGUGAGAGGCGGAGAGUGAGCAUCGGUGUGCAGCUGCUCUGGAACCCGGGAAUACUCAUACUUGAUGAACCCACAUCUGGACUGGACAGUUUUACUGCACAUAACCUUGUGAUAACAUUAUCCAGACUGGCCAAAGGAAACAGAUUAGUUCUUCUUUCGCUUCAUCAGCCCCGGUCAGAUAUUUUCCAACUGUUUGAUUUAGUUCUUCUGAUGACUUCUGGAGUCACUGUCUAUUCUGGAACAGCUAGAGACAUGGUCCAGUAUUUCACAGAACUAGGCUAUCCCUGCCCAAGAUACAGCAAUCCUGCCGAUUUCUAUGUAGACUUGACCAGUAUCGAUAAACAGACUGCAGAAAAGGAGAUGGAAAGCCGAAAAAGAGUAAAUACACUUGCCAGCUUGUUCCUAGAGAAAGUCAAAGAUUUCGAUGAUUUCUUAUGGAAAGUUACUGAAGGGGACAAUGUCGCAACCACAUUCAGCAAGCAAAGGUCGCAUUUAAAUUCAGAAGAGGCUAUCAACAUGCCUCACCAUUCGAGUGAUCAGUUACCAGGAGUCUUAAAGCAGUUCACUGUAUUAUUAAGUCGUCAAGUCUCCAAUGACUUCAGAGAUCUUUCAACGUUAUUAAUCCAUGGAUUUGAGGCCCUUCUCAUGUCAUUAUUAAUUGGAUUUUUGUACUAUGGCCACGAAAAAAACGGACUCUCUAUUCGUGACACAACAGCACUAUUGUACAUGAUAGGUGCACUAAUCCCAUUCACAGUGAUUUUGGAUGUUAUUGCCAAAUGUCAUUCAGAAAGAGCUAUGCUUUAUAAUGACUUGGAAGACGGCAUGUACUCUGUGAGCCCAUACUUCUUUGCUAAGAUUUUGGGCGAACUCCCAGAACACUGUGCUUUUGUUAUAAUUUAUGGGGUUCCCAUCUACUGGCUGGCAAACCCUGUUCCUGAACUGAACCUCCUCUCGGUGUGGCUGGCUGUGUACAGCGCCCGCACGAUGGCACUUUGGGUGGCAGCACUGCUGCCCACGCUACAGCUCUCAGCCUUCUUUGGAAAUGUCCUUUUCACAUCAUUCUACCUAAGCGGUGGUUUUGUAAUAAGCCUGGAAAACCUCUGGACAGUUCCAUUCUGGGUUUCCAAAAUCUCUUUUCUCAGAUGGAAUUUUCAAAGCAUGGUGCAAAUUCAGUUCACCGACCUCACAUAUGAAAUGACUGUCGGAAAUAUGACUUUUAAAAUACCAGGGAAACUCGUCAUGCAGGCUCUGGACCUGGACUCCCAUCCUCUCUACGUAAGCUACCUCGUCCUCACUGGUGUCGUUUGCAGCUUCCUGCUUUUAUACUAUUUAUCUCUGAGAUUCAUCAAGCAGAAAUCGACCCAAGACUGGUAA